UGAAUCAAAUUUGAACAGAUUUUGGCAGUACAUGGCCACUGAACAGUGCUUGGAAGGUAAAGAUUGCUUGGAGAAGUGGAAGGAUUCGCCGGGUGUGGUCGCCGUUUCGGAUGAUAAUCCUUUGAGAGGCUUCGACUGCAACAUCUGCCUCGACUCGGUGCAGGAUCCGGUGGUCACACUUUGCGGACAUCUCUAUUGCUGGCCCUGCAUCUACAAAUGGCUACAUUUUGAGAAGCAAGACCAGAAACAGCAGGAAUGUCCUGUAUGCAAAGCUGAAGUUUCGGAUACCGCAUUGAUUCCGCUCUACGGCAGGGGUGUAACAACUAAGGAAUCGACAACCGAGACUCCCCGACUCGAUACCGAUAUACCAAAGAGACCUCUUGGUCCUACCUGUGGCGCUGGCACGACACAACGGUCGCCAAAUUCUACUGGUAAUCCGCAGUUCCAACACCAAGUCUACUACCCUCAACAGGAUAGUUAUCCAGCUUCACCUGCGCUUAGUCCCGGUGGCACGACGACGAUAAAUGUACCGGAUCCAGUGAUCCGAAUGUUCAGCGAAAUGGUGUACACGAGUGUUUUCGGUGAUACGGUUCUGGACUUUUAUACGUAUCCGAAUUCGUACAAUCUUGCGAGGAUCUCUAGUCCUAGGAUCGGACGGCACGUAAUGCAAGCUGAGAAAUCACUCGGCAGAAUAAGUUUCUUCCUCUUCUGUUGCUUAUUCUUCUGUCUACUUUUGUUCUGAGCUUCA